AUGAUGGCGCUGGCGGCCCCCUUCUUGCUGCUGUGCCUCGCCGCGCAUGGAAUGGCGAAAUCCGACUCUGAGGAGCAGCCAAUGGUGAACUUGACAGUCUUCUACGAUCCAUACGACUACAAAUCCCUCGCCUUCUUCAGAGAACAGCUGAAGCCCGCGUACGAGAAGCUGUGGGAAAACGUGCUCGUCGAGCUGGUCCCGUACGGCAGAGCGCAGACGAGAGAGGCCACUGCGGACGAACCCCUCAGUUUCGUCUGCUCCGAAGGAACGGGGAACUGUAUGGAAAACAUCAUCCACAGCUGCGCCAUUUCCCUCAUCCCAAGCACGGAAGACCUGCUCAUGUUUGUCAUUUGCCUCUUGUGGCCUAGGAUAUCGGAAGGUUACGAAAAUACAGUGAGGGAGUGCGCGCGCGACAUUCCCGGCAUGGAUCUACAGGAUAUACUGGACUGCUCCAGUUCGUCCCAGGGGCAGAUGUUCCUACAGCAGAUGGGUGCCCGAAUGGCGGAAAUGGACGCCCCCGUGACCGAGUUGCCCAGUGUAGCCCUGGACGGGAAGAUGGUGAAGACUCAGUUUCAUCUUUGGAGAAGUCUCAAGACCGAGGUCUGCGGUCACUUUAAGCACAAAGUGCCCCAACAGUGCAAGUACUUUUCGAUGCAACGUCUUUUGGGGAGGAAAUGGUCUUCGCAGACUCGGAAGCCAGGAAUUAGGUCGAUACUGGAUGACUCUUGUAGGUGA